AUGGAGGAUUGUCCCUAUGAAAAGGUGAAGUGGAUUGCCUCGGGUGGAUUUGCAGAAGUAUGGAAAGGAAUUGAUAAAAGAACAAAACAGCCAGUGGCUAUCAAAAUUGUUGAUUUGGAAAAUUCAGAAGAGGAUAUCGAGGAUAUUCAAAGAGAAAUUCAUGUUCUCAAAACAAUGGAUUGCGAGAAUAUUGUCAAAAUUUAUGGCAGUUAUGUUGUUCGACAAAAAUUGUGGAUAGUUAUGGAGUUGGCAGAGGGAGGAAGCGUUGCCGAUCUGAUAAAACCUGGUCCUCUCGAUGAACAAUAUAUUGCAGUAAUUUUGAGAGAAACUUUAAAAGCUCUAGAAUAUUUGCACGCGGAACAUAAAAUUCAUCGUGAUUUGAAAGCAGCCAAUAUUCUCGUUGGCGAGAAUGGAGAGGUCAAACUUGCAGAUUUUGGCGUGGUUGGAGUCUUGUCAACAAGUGGAACCACUGAUGAAACCAUUCAGAAACGAUAUAGUUUUGUAGGAACUCCCUUCUGGAUGGCCCCAGAAGUCAUUAAACACGAAGGAGCUGAUCAAAAAGCAGAUAUUUGGUCACUUGGAAUAACAGCCAUUGAAAUGGCAAAAGGAGAGCCUCCAUAUGCUCAUGUGCCCAUUAAUACUGCCUUUUUUCUAAUUCAAAAGAAUGAGCCGCCCACUCUCGAAGAGAACAAAUUCUCUAAGGCAUUUAAGGAAUUUGUCAUGUUGUGCUUGCAGAAAAAUCCACAAGAUCGAUUAUCAGCAAGCGAUUUAUUGAAACACAAAUUUAUCAGAACAGCAAAAAAGAACACCAUACUGGUCGAUCUCAUACAGAGAAAGGCUGCAUGGGACAAUAACAAAAAACUAAAGAAGGGAAGAGGUGGCUCUUCAGACUCAGACAGUGACAGCUCGCUCGACGACGAAUUAUCAGACGAUGAUGACGACAGUGAAAAACAAAAAUAUACCACGCGACAAGGAAAAGGUUUUUGGGAAUUUGGAUCUGAUGGAACAAACACAGUUCGAGAAGUUCCAAAUCUACCUUCCUCUUCGACCACCACAAACACACCAAUCUCAACACCUCCAACCAAGAAAUCUUCCUCUGACCAAAAGAAUGACACUGUCAACUCUGUGUCAUCAGUGAGCACAAUUUCAAGCAAUGCUUAUCCAUCCGAAAAACGAAGGAACCCUUCACGAGAUUCAAUAGAAACUAGAAGUGACGAUGAAACCUCUCCUAGUACCCAUACCAUCGUUCAACGUAAGGACAAGACACAACCAAUGGAUUCUGUUCGAAAAGGUGCAUUACCCUCAAUCAUGUCUGAAUUAAUGAAAGAAAAUAAUAGUACAAUAUCACCCGCAAGCACGAGCUCCAUAAUGGAGGACAUCAUUAUUCCAUCAUUUAAAGAUGCAAAAUCACAACAAGCAGCAGCAUCGUUAUCAACCAUUGUCGAAGAAUUAGAAAAGGUUGAAAAGAAAGAUUCUCAAUUUGCCCAAAACCUUCUUGCUGCUCUUAUUACACGAGUUCAAAAAAGUGAAAAUAUACCUCCACAAUUUAAACAUGUAGCAUCGACAGAAUCUUCAAUUGCCUCCAAUUCAGAAGGUAUGGAAGCUAUCAGCCAGAAUUUACUCAAACGAUGGAAACUUAAAGUGAAAACUCUUGACCACUGA